GCCGGCUCGACGUUUGAGCUUCCGGACCCCGGAAGGGGUUCUGGCGCCUCAGAGGUUGAAGGCAGGAUCCUGGGUUUGGGAGAAAUGGGCAUAAAGGGGUGGCUGGACCCAGGACCGCGGGGUGGUUGUGAUGCGCGUGAGUCCCAGGGAUGUCUGGCUGCAGGGACCUCCGGGCUCUUAGGAUAAGACACUUCACUGCCCAGGGAGUGGUCAAGGGGGUACAGAAGGGCUGGGGGUACACCUCGGGAGGUCUGUGGCAGAGGGGGCCAGCUGCCGGGGCCAAGGGUCGCUGUGGGGCUCUCAGGGUGACAAGCCCGGCUGUGUCCUCCCCCCAGAGCUGCCCCGUCCAGACUAUGGACCCUGAAGUGUCCCUGCUGCUGCAGUGCCCCCCAGGUGGGCUGCCGGAGGAGCAGGUGCAGGCUGAGCUGAGCCCAGACUAUGACCGUCGCCCACUACCAGGAGGGGACAAGGCCAUCGCUGCCAUCUGGGAGAGCCGGCUGCAGGCUCAGCCCUGGCUCUUUGACGCCCCCAAGUUCCGCCUGCACUCAGCCAUCCUGGCACCCACUGGCUCACAGGGGCCCCAGCUGCUCCUGCGCCUGGGCCUUACUUCCUACCGAGACUUCCUGGGCACUAACUGGGCCAGCUCAGCUGCCUGGCUGCGACAGCAGGGGGCCACUGACUGGGGUGACAAGCAGGCCUACCUGGCAGACCCGCUGGGGGUUGGCGCCACACUGGCCACUGCAGAUAACUUCCUUGUCUUCCUGCGUCGCUCUCGGCAGGUGGCUGAGGCACCUGGACUGGUGGACGUGCCUGGUGGGCACCCUGAGCCUCAGGCCCUGUGCCCUGGUGACAGCCCCCUGCACAAAGACCUCCCUGGGGAGCUGGUGGUGCACGAACUCUUCUCCAGUGUUCUCCAAGAGAUCUGUGACGAGGUGAAUGUGCCGCUGCACACCCUGAGCCAGCCACGGCUGUUGGGCAUUGCCCGCAAUGAGACCAGUGCCGGCCGUGCCAGUGCCGAGUUCUACGUCCAGUGCAGCCUGACUUCUGAGCAGGUGAAGAAGCACUACGUAAGUGGGGGAGCUGAGGCCCACGAAUCUACAGGAAUCAUCUUUGUGGAAACACAGAGCGUGCGGAGGUUGCAGGAGACCGAAAUGUGGGCUGAGCUCUGCCCCUCGGCCAAAGGCGCUAUUUUCCUCUACAACCAGGUCCAGGAAGUCCCACCUGAGUCGCCCUAGUCCCCAGCCCUAUCACAACUUGAAAGACAAUAAAGGACUUUAUUCUUGGA